UUAUUGCUACCUGCAAGAGACGUGCUGUACCCUGGACAGAAGGUAUACUGUGUGUUUUAAUCUCUCCUGUCCCCGUUUUCUCCAGGACUUCAAGGAGCAGAUAGUCCAUCAUGCUGCAACCAUCUUCCUGAUCAGUUUCUCGUAUUGUGCCAAUUACAUCCGCAUUGGGACACUGGUGAUGGUGAUUCACGACGCUUCUGAUUGCUUCCUAGAGCCAACUAAGAUAUUCAAUUACAUGAAGUGGAAAAAAACUUGUGACAGCCUCUUUAUGAUCUUCUCAGCUGUUUUCCUCAUCAGCCGCCUGGUCAUUUUCCCCUACACAGUGCUCUAUAACACCUACUAUUACUCCAUGGAGAUAUUUCAGCCCUUUUUUGGAUAUUACUUUGUGAAUGCUCUCCUGAUAACUCUACAGUUGCUCCACGUCUUCUGGUCCUGCCUCAUUAUUCAUAUGGUCUACAAGUUCAUGCUCCAGGGCACGGGAAUUCUGUCUUCCUGAGAGCAAGCAUGAGCAGCUCAUCUUCAUCCAUAUUGUCCAGAGCUUCCUUGUCAGCCUUCCUUUAAGGUAGCACAGAACAAAUAACUUGCAAAUUAAAACCGGAAACUUCACACACUGCAGAAAAUGAAGGGGGAACUGAAGAGGCCCUUCCUACUGUUUUCCUAAUUCUAGUGUGGGGUGAAAUGCCACUGCAGUUAUUACAGUGUUAAAUGAUGAGGUAAUGAAUGGCGUUAUUAGAAAUAAAUGAGCCAUCAAGAAGGCUGGAGCACA